UCUUUCAUUCACGGGCAACUAUAUAACUGGCAGCCCAAGAGAAGAUUAGUGAGGAAAGAUCUGAGCACACCGAGGAAGUUCCAUCCAUCCAGACAUCCAAGGAUUCGUUUCUGACUCUCUCUCAGCCUGUUGCUUAGAAGGAGCUCAGCCACCAUGGAUGAAGCCCUCAAGGGACUCUGGGUUGGGUUGCUGGUCUUCUUCUGUGUUGGGAUGAUCCAGUCGGAAACCGGAGAGACAUACGGGCCUCAGCUAAAAAUUGACCCCAAAGCAAUCACACACAUCCUCCAGAUGGCCAUGACAGACAAACAGAACUUGGAUGGGAUGGCAAAAAUGGCAAGCAAGAAUAAGGCCAUAAAAGGCGUCAAAGGGAUGAAACUUAAAGAUCUGAAACCCCCAGAAAUUUGCACAAAGUUAAUUCCACCCCAGAAUAUUGAGGCAUCCGUGAUUACUACCCUCACAGUUGGUGGGAAAAGUAUGGUUGGCAAUUUGGAUAUCACCCUGCAUUCCAAAAUGAACAUCAUGAUUAAGAUGACAAAGCACCCCACGAAGUACAUGGGAUAGAGAAAACCGGAUGUGAAGUGCAUCUGUUGUCCUACAAAACCAGCAUUCCCAGCAAGAUGCUUCCAAAGGUAGCGAUUAGAUUUUUGAAUUCUACACUUGGGAAACUCUUGCCUGGCAUGAUAUGCCCAGCCUCAGACAACGUGAUUGCAUUUAUGGAAACAAAAAUAGAAGCCAUGUUUGAAAAGAAAUCAUUUGGGGACAGCAGCACAAUGUGGUACGAAGUGGUAGAAGAACCAGGAAUCUUCCCAGAUUACAACUUAAUUCAGCUCAAGGUUAAAUUCCAACCCAAUAACGGUGAAGUCAUAGAAGUCACACCUGAUCCGGUCCCUGAAGACCUGCCACCAAAAGAGGAAGGGAAAAAUGCUGUCUACAUACCUGUGUCUGUCAUCAAUGUUGCAAUGACAUUGAUGGAUGGCUCAUUCAACUCUGUUAUUGCUGAAAUUGAGGGUUCUGCUCCUACGACUGACCAGCUAAAAGAAAUAUUGCCAGAUGCUGAUCUACCUGCUGGAAAAGAAAUGAAAAUUGAAAUAUCUCAGAAAGUGAAUGUCACAUUUACCGUGUCGUCCACCAGAAGCCACAUGACAGCCAGAAUCAAAGCCUCAUUCUUGUCUGUUGAAGAUGGCGCUGAGCUCCUCUCCGUAGACACGGUGCAAGAAUGCAGUGCUGGUUUUGGCAUAAAAGAGGAACGGCUGGCCAUCUCCCUGGAAUCAGGAUCAUGCAGGUCAACGGAGAUUUCUUCUCCUGCUGGAGACGUAGAACCAGCAAAAGAUUUUAUGAAAAGCAUCAUGGAUAGUUGGAUCCCACAUGCCAAUGAUGUCCUGAGUAAGAAUCAGGUUCCUCUUCCAAGCCUGUUGGGGCUGAUGUACAGCGAAGGUGAAACCACGCUCCGUUUUGGAGAGAACGUGCUGGUCUUUCACGUGAUGAUAGAGGCUUACGAUGAAAAUGAGUUGGCGGAGCGAAUAAGACUUAACCAAGAGAAGCCCAAGACUACGUAAAAAGGGAAGGCCUGGAGGUCUCCCUGAUCAUCCCCUCCCCACUUUGCUCAUUCAGAUGUUGAAUCGAUGCCUUGGAACGAAACUGACCGAAUUCAUACACCAACCGAGAAGAUAAAGGCAGCCUCCUUGUUAAUGUCUCUUAAUAAUUCACAUUUAUUUGUAAACCAUUUUGAGGGGUGGUUAAUUGGGAAGAAGAACACAGAUUUAUACAAUGAAUGAAUACCUUAAAAAACCUUCCCAAUUUGGUGCUUCCAAGAACCUGUAUGGUUGAGGGACUCUCUUUCCUUCCCUGCCCUGCUGAAACUUCUACUCUGCUGUGUCCUACUCUCAAUAGUAGCAGCUCACUAGGGAAUUAGGGUGACUCUGUCUAUGUUUAUCAAAUAAAAUAUCCCAAUUUCCUCUUCUGCA